GAAUAAACAAUGUGGUCGCCAUCUUAUCAUAUCAGUUCGUUCCGUUUAUACAACCGAAUCAUAGUGAAUGUAACACGUUUACGCGCAUAGUAACAUGUUCGCGAUAUUGUAGCACGAUAUCGCAACCUUUUUUGACGCGUAUUUGCUCGAAUUGGACACGAUUACACGAGAUUGACAACAACAAGCACAAGGAUAUACUUACACUGUGUCACCUUGCAUAAAGAGUUCCGGCCGCUCCGUCAGGAGGUUAUCUCGUAACCAGAACAGCAGUUGUUUCAAGGUCCCUGUGAAGUAUCGUGUGACACAUUAUUGGCGAAGACAAAUACCGAUUAUACGUUUUUCACGUAACAUUACUUACACUCCUCGCCAGCUUUCCACGAUGUCGGAGAAUAGUGAACGCUCGCCUGAUGACACCGAGACGGAAACAAAAGCGGUGGAGGAUUUACCUAAUAAUUCGUCCAAAAGCGAGGUAAAAUUGAUGAUGAAUCGUACGGAUGCAACAUUGCUAGAAGAUGAAGAAAUGCCUACAUACAUCAGUGUCUCUAGUACCUCGAGACGCGAUGAUUCAGAUGUAGUUAACGUCAAACAGCAGGACAAUGAGCCUCAGGACGUGGAGGAAGAUCAUUGUCCAAGUCCUUAUAAUAGUGAUGAUCAAGCACCUAGCAGUGUAUAUGUUUUAUCAUCUGAGGAAGAAACAGAUCAUCAUGCUUUUAACGAUGAAGACGAUGAAGAUGAAUAUGCAGAUAGCGAAGAGAUGGAGAAUUUGGAGCUUAACAAAUUUCAUCGAGAACGUCGACAAAUGAAUCAUUUGAUGGAUGAAGAAGAUGAUGAUGAAGAUGAUGAAGAUGAAGAAGAGGAUGAAGAAGGUUUUCGACAAAUGCAAAAUGAUGAUGAUGAUGAUGAUAUUGAUAGUAACUAUGAGAGAAAUUGGAAUGAUAGAAAAUCUGAUGAUUUUCUCUUAACCAAAAGAUUAAAAAAUCAAGAUAAAGAAAAAAGCCUUUCUCUUCAAGAUUUGAAUACAUAUAGAAAUCAUGAUUUUGUGGGAUAUUCUAAGAGACAACACCUACAGAAUACAAAGCAAAAUUAUCUAAACAUUCCACAAAAUGCUGUGACAUAUUCCAUGAUACAUAGGAAACCAUCUUUUCCAACAAAAUAUCAUGUAGAAAGUAAAGUCAAGCUUUAUAUUAAAGAAAUAAGGGAACAAAGUAGACGUUCUAUGGAAAGACAAACAAAACAACACCAGGAAGAUGCAAUUCAUAAUAAAAACAAUACUGAUCAUGAAAAUAAUGAUACAAGAAAGAUGGAAUCUACAAUGCCUAACAAAAGAAUAAAAAGUUAUGCUGAAAGAACAAUCAAGGAAUUAGAAAUUGCAGAAGUGUGUGACAGGAAUAAAGUAGCUUACAAUAUUUCGUCGGUAAUGUUAAAUGGUCAAGAUAAUAGGAAUGGUUUGGAAUCUGUACAGGAAGAAUGUAUCCAGAACGAAGUCCAGAUAAAUAUACCUUUUGAACAAACGCAGAAUGAAACAGAUCCUUUAAUUACUGAUGAUAAAACACAAAAGCAAAAUGGCACAGUUGAAGUUAAACAAUUGAAGUUUAAUUUUCCUGAAAGAGAAACUCCACGUUUUAUAGACGCCAUGCAACCAUCUCUUAUACAAAACGGUCAUCAAGAAGUACCAACAGUUUACAACUUGCAUAAUGUAAAUUAUGAGGAAUAUGUACACAGCAGUUCUAGUCAAAAAACGGAUUUAAAUAAGAAUGCACGUGUUAUUCAGCAAGAACAAACUCAACAUGAAAUAUACAAUAAUGCAGAGCCAAUAGAUAUAGAUAAUGAUACAACUUGUGCCCUAAGGAUUGAAAAUAUAAAAAGCAUUAGAGCAAUAGCAGAUGAAGCGAAAAAUAAUGAACAAGCAACUUUCGACAAAAUAAACGAAGGACUUAGUAAACCUUCAGAUGCUUUAGAAAUUAUUACAUUGAAGGAUCAAUUAAAUCAGAAAACUGUACAGUAUAAUGAUUUGCACAAUGCAUAUCAGAAACAACUUGCAGAGAACUUAAAAAUUAAACAAGAGAUGGAUGAAUUGAGAGAAUCUUUAGCAAAAUAUAAGAAAGAAAGCAAACCUCUAGAACAGAAAGUUGCAUCAAUUCAAACAGAUAUUACUGAUUCUACACACAAACAUAAUCAAACAGAGCCUACACAUGUAAAGCAGUCUAACAAUAAAAUAUCAAAUAGUAGUGUCGCUUUGACAUUAAGCUCUAUAGAUCAAUGGAGUGACAAUUUAUCAAUAUCCAUGAAACCACCUGAAGCAGCAAAAGCAUUACAUUCUGACGAUAGUAUGAUGCUUACUGAUGCUACACCAAGAAAAACGGCACGUCCACUUUCUCGCACAUUCAUUACUUCAUCGCGAAUUUUACAAACACUUGCAAGCAUUACACAGGGAAAAGCAAAGCCAGAAAGUCCUUUGGUACAAAAUUCCAAGAAAAGAUUAAAUGAAAGUACAGCAAUGGACUUGCAAAAUGACGAUGACAGCUACCAAAAUCGAUCUUCUAACUUCAAGAAAAGGAAGAUUGCUGAUAUUCCUGGCGUAUCUAAUAUACAAUCUUACAAAGCUUUCGAAACUACUGGAGAAUCAAGUUCGAAAUUAAAUGAAACAACGAAUGAAGAAUAUCAUUUCAAGUAUUCAUAUGAUUCGAUAAAUGAGAGAGUACAAUCACAGGAAGGUUUAUCUAAUACUAACACAAGUCACUUAGGGGCUGCUACAUCUACAGCAGAAAGCAAAACAGAAAGCGCUGAUCCAGAGGAUAAUGUAAAAUGUUUUGUAUACCAUGAAAAUGAAAAUAGUAAAAAUCGUAGUUUUCUAAUUCAAGCAGAGGAGCCUAAAGAAGAAGACAAUGAAAAGGGACGUCUUCGUGAAUGUGGUCCAUUCUUACUUGGUAAUUUAGAAGUAAGGAUGUCUGAAAUAAAUGGAACAGUCAACAUUUGGGGCAAAGAGAUUAGUCAAGAAUCCACAGCUGAGACUGAAAAUGAAAUAGAAACAUCCACUAAAGUAAAAGAUAAGAAGUAUCAUUGCUGGCAGAAGACUCCACAGACAAGAUACAAUGGCAGUAAUUUAGUGUGUUCAACAAGUAAAAAAUCAAAAUACUCUCCCAAAUUUGAGCUGUCACCAGCUGCAUUCAAUUUCUCACAUUCAUCUUCAUUUAAUACGGCAAAGCCAUCCUGUUCAACAGACAAAGCACAUGCAGAUAAUGUAUAUAAUGCAAGCACAUGUGUUUCUUCUUGUGAAAACUGUGAUUCCUCAAAGAACCAUGAAGAAUGGACGAGGUACAAACGAACACAUCCCCAAGAAAAAUUACAUUCCUGCUGUAUUCAUAAUGUAGACAUGUUAGAGCAGAAAUGUAAUUGUUCCUUACACGAGGAAAGACAGAAGUUUGAAGAUAAUUUUAAUUGUAGCAAAGAGAAAUUAAGCAGUAAGGAACGUUCAAGUUUUUCAAGAAAUUUGGAGCCUAAUAAACAUUUACAUGAAAGUAAUCCUACCAUGGAAGACGGUGAGUUUACAUGCAGAUGUCAUACAGCAUGUCAUCAUUCAUUACAUGAUCAAGGAGAGAAUUGUCAAGAGAGCCCCAAAUGUUAUAAUACAUUGAGAAAAUCAUGUACAUGUAAACCAUUAACAAUGAAUACAGAUCGAGAAUGUAGCGAUUCGUGUAAUCAUCUUUCUCCUAAUGUACAUGAAGAUGAGCCAUUAAUAGGACUAAAACAAAAUAGCGAAACCCCAGAGACGAAACGACGAAGAUUAAUUGGGAAAAGAGUACGAGGAGUUUUGAUGGAUUUUAUACGGGGAUGCGGAGAUUGCUAUAAUUCUAAUGCAUCUACUAGUAACAAAGGCUGUACACAUAAAAAAGAAUCUAAUUUAAUGAAUUGUUCUCCACAAAUCAAAAUUACGCCAUGUGCAUCUCCGGAACAAGCUGCUGGAAGGUGCUGUCAUGCCUACGCAAAACGAAUUGAAUCUCAGUUGGAAGAAUUUCGUGUAGAAAUGGAAAAAGUGCGAACACGCUCGGAUGCUAUUCUCAAUAUGCUCAAUAUGCUUCAAUCAGUGGACACAAACUAAAGAAGUUUAUUUGAGUAAACCAUUUCCUUUUUCUUCAUAUGUACAUAUAUCAUAUUAUCUUUUUUUUAUAUUAAGACACUAUCAUAUUCCACUGCUGUUUUCCUAUAUUUUAUUGCUUAUAAGAAAAGUACAUAAUCGUUUUGUUAAAUAAAAUAUAUACAUAUA